UGUUGAGACAAGUUGUCUUGAUGAAUAAAAGACGGUUAGAAUAGAAGAUGGCAGACCCUGAUAGCACCAUCAUAAACACCAGCAUAAACCAGAAAGAUCCAAAGGAAGCGUUGGUUAUCGCUGUGACAACAAGGGCCAUUUUCAGUUUGGAGAGGGAGCACGAAAUCUUCUUAACGAAGGGCAAAGAUGAGUAUGUGAAACACCAGCAAACAAAUGAGAACAGCCCCUUGGAGCAAGGAACAGCUUUUGCUUUCAUUCAGGCAGUGCAAUUUGUGAACAAGAAACUUCUUGAAAGAGACCCCGAGGAAAAGGGCCUCUUUGAUGUCAUUGUUCUCUCCAAUAACAGUCCAGAGAGUGGUGUGCGAAUAAUCAACAGUGUGAAACAAUAUGGGUCCACUGAAAGCCUUUGCAUUGCAUCUUGGGAAGAUGCGCAAAAAAUUUGGCCAAGAGGACUCUCCCAUCCGCAUCUAUUUGGUAACUGCCCGCAGUGGCCGUGAUAUGGGUAUCCAGGCCAUCAAAACUCUUAGGGAAUGGGGACUGCCAACUGAUGAAGCCUUCUUCAUGGC